UUUCCUGGCUACAGUCGUGGUCACACUGCUUAGCCAACAACAACUCCGUGCCGUUAGGCUGCGUUUGUUUCUUGCUCACAUUCAGCUGCAAAAGAAAAGUGAAAAGCGGUCGGAAAAUAAGCAGCAUGUGAAACGCAUUUCCUCCACGCAUGCAUAUCUCAAAAGAAAAGCCAAAUUAAGUGCGUGAAAGUCGCGGGUGCAUAAGAAAAUCUAAUAGAGGAACGCUGCAAGUAAAGAGAAACAUUGCUGCAGUUGUGUGUGUGAGUGAGUGUGUGCGUGCGAGUGUCGCUCUCUGGACGCAAUUCCUAUUUUGGCCAAAAGGAAGGGAAGUGGGGCAGGAGAAUCCCGAAUCCAAGUCCCGAAUCCGAAUCCGGAGCAUCAGAAAUAGCGCAGCGAGAUGGUGAAGGCGAUGACGACGAAGACACUGCUAACGAACCAUAUGAUGUAAAAGCCAUAUCGCCAUAUCCCCUUUCUCUUCUCUCCAAACGAAAGCGAAAUCCCAGCUGGGAAACUCUAACUAAAAACGAACCAAACACCAAAGCCCACGACUGCCGCUUUGGGUUUCAUUUUAACCGAAACCGAAAACGAAACUGCAUUCUUUGGACUCAUAUUUAUACUAUAACGACACAUAUCGCGGACGGAAUCGAACAUGAGAUUGCCGCGGAGCUUAUCGGCCAGUAGGAGCCUGCCGCUGCUCCUCCUCCUGGCCAUCGUCGCCCUGGUGAUCGCCGAGAGGGACUUCAAUGUCAACGACUCCCAGGUCCCUGUAAUUGAGCCUAAGGAUGUGCCUGCCUACAAACAGGAUCCGUAUGUUUCGGAGUUGAUGAGCUGCCAAAAUACUCAAAGCGAGAUCGUGCUUUCGCUUCUAUUGAAGAAGCACGACUGGAGCGAACUGACAGUCGCCAAGCGAGCCCAUGUUCAGGCCAAGUUGGGCAAGUUCUUUGCCAUCCCGAAGGAAUUUAUUUCCCUGGAUUCGGUGUCCAAGCGUGAGCUUAAAUCCAUGCACAAAUUGGCCAUGCGAAAAGGAGGCAAGGGCAACAAGAAUAUCGAGACCCUCAAUCGCCGACUGGGACGCGCCAGUUUCAUGAUCGGCUGCGGUCCAAGCUACUUUGUGAUGGGUGAGCCGAUAGCCAAGCAGAUUGCCCACCAGGUUAAGGAUGGCACCAUUGGCGCUUUGACGGAGGAGAACUUUGGCCUUUGGUUUAUUUGGCGAAAGGAAUUGAAAUCAAGAUCCGACCGCAAGCGACGUCAGUCUGAAGGUUCUGGAGAGGGUGACGAUGACUACGACUAUGGAGAUGACGAUGAAGCUUCCGAGCCCAGUACGGAAGUGCCGCCGGUGACCACGCAUGCACAUCGACAUCAUCACGGAGCGUCGGAUGUGUCGGAGAAGGUAGUGUCGCCAGACUCCGUCUCCUCGUCGCCCGCUCCUGUGGUUCCCAAUGAGGAGGAGGAGAUCGAGGAGAGUGUCUCCAAGCUGGAGUCCGUGAUCAGCAAGACGAUUGAGAACACCAAGAACAUCAAGGAGCUGCCGGUGCUGGGCGAAGCUGACGAAGGCGAGGAUGAGGAGGAGGUGGAGCUGCAGCAGCUGGCAGUGGAGAGUCUACCAGAGGAGACCACCACCAGCACGGCAGCAGGAACUAGAGCCACGGAAAUGGUAAAGCCCGGUUAUGUGGAGGAGAACGGAAAUCAGGUGGAUUCCGCCGGUCCAGUAGCUGCCAUCGAUGUGGAGGCCUCGGUCACGCCUACGGCCCCGGUGUCCGCCCCCGAAACACAGAAGCCUUUCUCACCCUACGACGCCACCUCUUCGGUGUCGUCGUCGUCUUCGUCCGUCUCAUCCGUUGCAUCUGGCAUCGAAGCUGGAGAAGAUUCGUCUUCGAUGCCGCCCCCUCAUCCGCCCUCCUCCGACUCAGCCUCUUCCACGCCCACUGCCAUGCCCACAGAGCUAGAGAGCAAUGGCCAAACCACUUCUGCCUCAUCAUCCUCAUCAUCUCCAUCCGCAUCAUCAUCUCCAUCGCAAGCCACUCAACCAACAACAACCACAUCUUCAUCAACAAGCACAACAGCAACAAUCUCAACUACAACAGCAACAUCAACAGCAACAACAAGAACAACAACCACACUGUCUGAAUCGCCAAAGCCAAAUACUGUGCUUAAUGAGUUCGAGCUGAGCACCCUGCUGCCCUUCGGCGAUAUUGAGGGCACUACAGCAGCAGCAACACCAACUGCGUCUGCAACUGCAAGCACAGCAGCAGCAGCAGCAACAGCAGCAACCGCAUCAGCAACAACUGCAACUGCAACUGCAGCAUCAGCAGGCGAAAGCGAAUUUCAUGUAGAGUCCACAACGCACAGCACGCUUAGCUCUAAGGAAGGAGAACCCGUCGCCAACAGCAGCAACCAGAACCUGGUCAAUAAUGAGCUGUCGUCGCCCGCUACGCCCACAUCUUUGCCGGCCGCUAUCCCUACCACGACCACGACGGCAUCCACUCCAGAGUCGAGCAGCUUCGUCUCCACCGACUACGUUGAACCGCUGCCGGAAGAGAACAGCCCGCCCAUCAUCAAGAAGCGCCUGCAGAAGCUAGCGAUUACCUCGGGUAAGGCCUUCAGCUUCCACGUGCACCCGGACACGUUUUACGAUGCCCAGGAUCAGGGCAAUCUGCGCCUGGCCCUUACCGACAAGGAUGACCAUGAGCUGAAGGCCAACUCUUGGCUGCAGUUCAACCCGGACAAGAGGGAGCUGUAUGGCCUACCCCUGGACGAUGCGGUGUCCCGUUGGCAGUAUCGCCUGUCCGCAACCAAUUCGCGUAACGCCAGCGUCACGGAAACGGUGGAGAUCAGUGUGCAGCAGCAUCGGGCAGUGAGGACCAUUAACCACGAGAUCAGUAUCCUUGUCCGAAUCCAAGAGAAGCAGGGCCACAACAUCGACUGGCAGUUGAAGCUGAUCAAUGAGGUGGCCAGAACCUUGGAUGACGCCAGCAACACGGCGGUGGUGGUUCGGGAAAUUCGUCUGACGCCGCACGAUCCCCAUAGCGCCACGUUUGUUUACUUUAACGAGACACUGCCCACCAGCGAGUGUCCUGAAAAGGAACUUAACGAUAUUAUUCAGCGACUCGAUGCCCAGAGACUAAGUGAUUUGGUGCAGCCACUGUUGGAAAUCAAAUCCAUAACCGGGCAGUUGAUCGGAUCCUGCCAGAAGGAUCUCACCCAGGUGAAGCCCACGCAGCACAUGACCAAGAACGUGCCGCCCAUGCCGCGCAACCAGGUGGACCGCGUGAACGCCAGCUUGGGCCAGCUGCUGGUGUACAAAGUGCCUGCGGACACCUUCUACGAUGCCAACGACAAUCAGCUAACGCUCACGUUGAAAACCAAAGAUCACCUCGAACUGAAUCCACGUCACUGGCUGCAGUUCGACUCCAAGAACGAGGAGUUCUACGGCAUCCCCAAGAGCGGCGACAUCGGUUCCGAGGAAUAUCUGCUGGUGGCAGAGGAUAGCGGUGGCCUGAGUGCCCAUGAUGCCCUGGUGGUAAUGGUCAGCUCUGCUCCCAAGCGUGACUUUGGCUUCUUCUUCAAGGCCUACCUGUCCAUCAGACACGAAAAGUUCAACGCCGAGCUGCAGCGCAAGUUUGUGGAGCGUGUAGCAAAGCUAAACGGCGAUGCCACCACUGGCCAGAUCCAGAUCCGUUCGAUAACCACGCACCACGACUCCGAUGGCACCAUCGUGAACUUCUACAACACGACGCUGUACAAGAAGCACAAUAGCUGUCGCGAGAAGGAGGUGGCCACCACCAGGAGUGUCUACCUGAACAGUGAUCAUAGUUUGAGGGAGAGCGCAAAGCGGGCUUUGGGUCCCGAGCUGAAUCUAACCAACUUUUCGGUGGUGCCCUUCAGCAGUUGCCAUCAUACCGAGAACAUAGACACCAACCAGCUUGACUACAUACCCAGUCGCCCAGAGGAGCCCACCCAUAAAUCCUCCUUCGGUGAGGAUUACAUGAUUACCUUUGUGCUGCCCAUCAUACUCAUUAUUGUGAUGAUUGUGGUGGCCUCAAUCAUUGCCUGCUGCCUGCACUGGUGUCGCCACAGAAGCGGCAAAAUGGAGCUGGGCGACGAAGAGGAGCGCAAAUCCUUCCGUGCCAAGGGCAUUCCUGUCAUCUUCCAGGACGAGUACGAGGAGAAGCCGGAGAUCGGCAACAAGAGUCCCGUCAUCCUCAAAGACGAGAAGCCGCCGCUGUUGCCCCCGUCCUACAAUACCUCAAACAUGAAUGGCGACAACGACGUGGACGAUUAUGUGCCGCCGCCAUCGGUGGUCGUGGGUGGCCGGGAGGUGCGGGGCAAGUCGCCAGCCACGCCCUCAUACCGCAAACCUCCGCCAUAUGUGUCGCCAUAAAUCAGUGUCAAGAGCAGCAGCAAAGCAGCAACAGAGAGAGGAAGCAACAGCAACAAUAAUAACAAUCGCAUCGUAUUAACCACACAAUCUAUAUAGAUUUAUAUAUAUAUAUAUAUAUAUAUAUAUUUAACCUAUUUGGCACAAGUUAUAUGCAACUAAGCAAACUCUUUUGUAUAUAUCCAAGUGCAAAUUGGUUUAUUUCGACAUUGUAUUCGAAUUGAGGGGAAAUCGUUUCCGACCGAGAAGUAUUCGCCAAGUCGAUGAAAUUUUUUGGAUAACGUUUUGUAUUAGCCGAAAAAAGGAAAAACAAUCAAUGAAGAAAGGAUUUCAGUGCUAGCAACUGGAAAAACAUACACACUUUAAGCUUAUCGAGAAUCACUAACACAAAACGAUGAACUAUGCUGCAUAUUAUUUAUUUAGUAUGUACUCUAAUUUAUAUGUAUACCACGCAAACACAAAAACACAUCCACAAGGACACAAAACAAGUUUAGAAAGCAAGCAUUAGAGCUUGAAAAACACACACACACAAGCCCAUUUAAGCAUAGCAUUUAAAACUCUUUGUACUAAUUAAGUUGAAAGCCAGAGGGACGUAAGGUAUGUCCUUUAUCCGGUUUGAGGGCAAAUACAGGACUUUCAACUUGAUUUGCUCAAGCUGAAUUGUUUGCAUAAUUAUUUUAAUUUGGCCAGGACCAAAACUGGCAUUGGACAGCUGCAUGUUUAAGGAAAUUUCGAUCAAAGGAUGAGCAGAACCGCAGAGGCAGGCUAUGCACUUGCAACUGGUUGGUUCCUGAUUGAUUUUAGUAUUUUAGUUAUUUUGCGAUUGGUUUAAUUUGCAUAAGAGCCGGGUGAAGGACAUGUCAGGAGCUUUGAUUAUGUUAACUCAUAAAAAGCAAUAAAACACAAUAGAGCUGCCAAUAAUCCAGGUAUUAGCCGUUCCAAUACCAAUAAAUUCCUAAUUGCCCACAAGUGCUUCCCACAUAACAGACAAACCAACAGACCAUAUCCACCAAACUCAACGCCCACACACAAAUAUUUAUACGAAAAUGGAUUACUUAAAGUAGAACUUAGUUUUAAAUGAUUUUUACACGCUCCCCUUUGGAUUAUUCUACGCGACGUGAGAAUUUCACAUUAGUUUAUAGCUGCUAGUUGGGCAGUACUUACUACACUACCGCCCGUCCCCUUCUCCUUCCUUCCCUGAACUAUCGAACUAAUACGUAGCGAGUAAACAUUGAUUUUAUAUGAAAAUAUAUAGGAAGUCCAGGCCCUAAGUUAGAGCAAUAGUUGCAUGAAGGGAAAUUGAAUUACUUUACGAGAACGCUGAUUUUGUCGUGUAAAAACGUUCACGCAAGUGCUACGUAAUUGCCUAUUAAACUAAGUAUAAUUAACUAAUUUGUGUAUUUGCAUAAGCUCAACCGCUGAAUUAUUUACAUUUUGUAAUUUGUAAUAGCGCAAGCAGCGACCGCAACAGCAAUAACAACAAACAACAGCAACGGUAUCAAUUUAUUUUGAAUAAAAAAAUGCCAAAGAUA